UACUUGUCUUUUAUUUUGCAGGUGUGUCUUUUGCCGCAAACGAGCUGAUUAUCUUGCCACCAAGAAGGAUAUAAUGGAUGCAUCAGGUGUGGCUUUGGUUGUAAUUGGACCUGGAAGUAUUGAUCAAGCAAGAGCAGUUAUUGAGCAAACAAAAUUUAAAGGAGAAGUUUAUGCUAACCCGACCCACUCAUCGUAUGAGGCUUUACAAUUUGUCUCAGGGGUUUCAACUACAUUCACUCCUAAAGCAGGUCUCAAGAUAAUACAAUUAUACAUGGAAGGUUAUCGACAAGACUGGAAGCUUUCAUUUGAAAAGGACACUGUGACUAGAGGUGGCUGGCAGCAAGGUGGAAUUAUAGUUGCAGGUCCUGGCAAAACUAACAUCUCAUACGUUCACAAGGACAAAGAAGCUGGGGAUGAUCCUGAUAUCAAUGAUAUUCUGAAAGCUUGUUGUUCAUGAAGAAGAAAUGAUGAAUCUACUGAAAUUCUCUUGUGAUUUUAUUUAAUUCGCUUCUACUUUAUAUUUGCACAUUUAUCUCAUACAAACACACCGACCCCAUUCUGUUUCAA